AUGACUUUAGAUGAGAAGUUCCAUGCUGCUUUUGUUCGUGAUAUUACUUUGGGUUUAGAAUAUUUGCAUUUAUCAAAAGUUGGUUUUCACGGUUUAUUAAGUCCUUCUACUUGUGUAAUUGACCGAAAUUGGUCUGUUCGUUUAACUGAUUUUGGAUUGGCUACAAUGCUGGAAAGAUGGCAAAAGGAAGGGCAAAUACAGCCUUAUAAGGCCGAGGAAGAGGAAGAAGUUGUUAAAGAAAAGAGGCGGGGAAGUAAAGAAAAAUCUUGUCCAACUGCUUUUGAUAGAAGGGGAUUGAAAGCUAAUUAUAAUAUUUAUUGCCCGCCCGAAAUGUUGAAGAAUCGAGAACAAAAUAGACGUCGCCGUAUGGAUCAAAGUUGGAUUCAACAAUCUGUUAUGCGUAGACAGGCUGGGGAUAUUUAUGCUUUUGGAAUUGUUAUGUAUGAAAUUUUAUUCCGUGAUCUUCCAUUCCCUAGAAAUGUUGACCUCUCUGGUCAGUUUGACUCUUUAUUUUUGGCAUUUAAUUGGGAAAACUUGUUGAAUUAUUGUUUGUUUAGAAGAAAAAUAAAGGGUUGUUUCGGGAAUAAUAAAUAA